UCUUUGGUGGGGUAUCUUCAAUCGUCAUUUUGACGCUCGUUGAUUUUGACGAACACGUGUUCGCAAGAAUAUGUUGUACUGAGAUGAAGUAAUGCAAAUUUUGGAGCGAAUAUUAAUUAAUUAGUUUGCGCGAUGAAGAAUUUUUCUCUUGGUUAUCGGGAAGUAAUUCCUGAUCAAACCUUGCCGGAAAAAUGGAAGGAGUUUACGUUGAAUAUGGGCGGGACGCAGUUCACCCUCCAGGAGACCAAGGUGCCGGACAGCUCCGGCGGCUACAGCUACAAGGAUCCCUCCAACAGAUUCACGAGGAACAGGUUCAUAUACUGGCGCAUCCAGCGCAACGAGCUGGAGCUGGAGGAGCACAGCCUGGAGGUGAACCUGCGCGGGAACCGCGUGCGCUACCGCUUCCAGAACACGCUUCUGCUGGAGGGGCUGAGCGUGCAUGAGUCGGGGCGAAGCGUGGUGGUGCUGCUGGCCACCGCCUCGAGCGUGCACCGCCUGCGCUUCCCGCACCCGCGCGCGCUGCACCGCCAGUACGAGUCGUUGGACCGCGCGGACAUCAAUGUGCAGUCCGUGUUCGCCGACGCCUCGUUCGCCGCCGCUAGCGACACGUCCACGUUCUACGUCAUCAACAACGCUCUGGCGAGCGCGAACAUCCCGCACACGUCGACGUCCUACCUGACGGAGGAUGGCACGGCUCUGUUCGCGCUGGCGUACAAGACGGGGCUGGUGCACCUGGUGAGGAUGUCGGAGUCGGGCGAGACCAGCGUGCAGGAGAUCCGGGAGUCGCGCGGGUUCCUGUCCGGCCUGGCCGACGCCUUCACGGGCGGCAAGACGGAGGACGUGGUCCCUGUGAGCAUGGUGCUGCACGGCCUGGCCGGGGAGGUGUACCUCUUCUCCCUGUGCUGCGGCGGCAGCCUGCGCAUCAUCCCGUGCUACAACCGCGCCAGGAGCAACGUCGUCUUCAACGUCAACAGCCACGGCAACGAGUGCCACAAGUGCGUCGACAUCCGAGGAGCGAGGAGGCACGUGCUGCGCAAGUCUGUGGACCCGGACGACGGGAGCCUGUGCCUCGCUGCGUUCCUGCACGGCCGCACCACCUCGGAGUUCUGCGUGCUGGCGCCGGCGCCGUGCGCUGACGGCACCGUGGGCGUGGAGCUGGUGGGCCGCAGGUUCCACGACCCCAAGGACCACAUCCUGGUGGACGUGUGCGCGACGCGGCGCCGGCUCUGGGCGCUGUGGCACACCAUGGACGAGGCGCCCGUGCUGCUGACGAGCAGGCUGGGCGCGGACGCCUGCCCCGAGUGGGAGCCCGUGCUCUUGGAGCCAGCGCCCGACCGAGAGCCGCCCGGCGCGGACCCGAGGGAGCACCCCCGGCGCGCCUUCGCCGCGUACAUCUUCCAGCCGGGCCUCUUCCCGCUGGCCAUCAUCGCCCGUGCCCUCAACGUGUACCUGAAGUCUCCGGUGCGCGGCGGGGACGCGGCGGCGGCCGGCGGCGGGCGGGAGCUGGAGGCGCGCGUGUGCCGCGCCAUGGAGGAGGCGGCCCGGGAGCGCGCGGCCGGCCGGGACCUGGCGGAGGACGAGCGGCUGGGCCUGGCGCGCGCCUGCUGGGCGCAGCUCUGCAGCUCGUGCGUCAGCUUCCACCGCAAGGCGACGCGCGCCCUGGGGCUGGUGCCGGCCGCACCCGCCGACGCCGUGCUCAUCGUCAAGCAGGCGCAGUUCUCCCUCGUGCGGCCCAUGGACGCGCUGGAGCACCUGAUGCUGGCGCGGCUGGAGCGCUGCUCGCCGGAGCACUUCGCGUCGCGGCCCGUGCUGGGGGACAGCCCCCCGGCGACGUGCGCGGCCCUGGUGCGGCUCAUGGGCGCCGUGCAGGAGCUGGCGGCGGCCGCGCCCGAGGCGCUGGCCUCCGUGCUGCGCGGGCUGGACGAGCUGCGCCCGCCCGCCAGCGUUGCCGAGGAGGCGCUGGCCGGCGGCGUCCUGGGGGGGAUCCCGCAGUCCGUGCUGCGCGGCCUGGAGACGCUGGCGGCGAGCACGGACGUGGCGGCGGCCGUGCGCGCGCUGGUGGGCGCGCUGGCCUGCGACCUGGGGGAGCCGCGCGGAGACGACGACGGCGGCGCGGGAGACGGCUCCCCGCGCGGCGACGUCCCGAAGCUGUUUGGCAGCCAGCUGGGCGCUAGCACCGUCGCCCAGUCGCUGCGCCAGGUGGUGGAGGCCAGGCUGGCCGUGUGCUGCGCGGCGCUGCUGUGCCAGAAGCUGCUCCUGUCCAACACGAGGAUCGGCCUGGCGCUGGACUCCGGCGCGGCCGCGUCGCUGGCCGGCACGUACGAGCGCACCUGCGGGCUGGCGCAGCUGUACCACGUGCUGGCGUGGGCGUGCCGGCAGACCGCCGCGCCGCCCGCGCCGGAGGGCACGGUGUCGCUGGCCGGGCAGCUGGCGUCGUCCCCGCGCCGCCUCACCCUGGCCGAGCUGUGCUUCCAGGCGUCGCCGGCGGCCGGCUUCGCGGAGGCCCUGGAGCGGCUGGGGUCUCCCGGGGACUCCUCGCUGCACAUGUGGCAGUGCUCCAUGCUGAGCUACGUGACCACCCUCGGCUCCCUGCUCUGGCCGGCGGCCGGCGCGCGGCCGCUCGUGCGCCUCCUGGCAUCGGCGGGCCAGCCCGUGCUGCUGGAGCAGCUGGACCGCGUGCUGGCGCGGCUCGGCGCGGCGGGAGACGACCCCUGGCGCUCCUACGUGCUGGGCGCGAGCCACCUGGCGGCCGGCGAGGAGCGCAAGGCCCUCUGGCUGCUGGAGCGAGCGCCAGACGGCGCCGGCGACGACUUCUUCCGCCGCGCGGCCGGCCUGGACCCGCGCGCCUGCGCCGGCCGCUCCCAGCUGCUCGUCGCCUACUACACCAAGGUGAUCGCCAUGUUCGAGCAGCGCGGCCACCACGAGUGCGUGAUCCGCCUGGCGGUGCGCGGCAUCGCCAGCGCGCCGGACAACCAGGGGCUGGCCACGCUCAAGUCGGUGCUGUUCGGCCAGUACCUGCAGCUGCGGCGGUGGCGCGAGGCGUACGAGGCCAUGAGCACCAACCCCGACCCGGAGCGGCGCGACAGCCACCUGCGCCAGCUGGUGCUGCGGCUGUUCGACCAGGAGCGCCUCGACCUGCUGCUCGAGUUCUGCAUGCAGGGCGUGCAGGAGACCCAGGACAAGGUGGAGGCCAUCGUGCGGCGCCGCGCGCGCACGCUGGCCGCGCCGAACAACCCGCUGUACCGCUUCCUGCUGGCGCUGCACCUGGAGCAGGGCAGCCCGCGCCGGGCGGCGGGUGUGGCCUACGAGCAGGGGCUGCGGCUGGCGCUGGAGGCCCCCGGGGACGCUGCGUCGCUCCGGCUGCAGCGGGACUGCCUGCUGGCGUGCCUCAGCCUGCUGCGCGCCGGCCCGCCGCGCUACGCCUGGAUCGUCCGCCCCGCGCUCGAGGAGGAAGAGCGGGACUCCGGGCGGGUCCCCCGGAGCGACGACCCCGCGUCGGGGCCGCGCGGGGAGGGUCCCCGGGAGACCAGCACGGGCCGUGCGGUCGAGGUGCUGGAGCUGAGCGACGUGAAGCGCGAGUACGAGCUGGUGUGCGCACACCUGGAGCUCAUCAAAUACAACCCGCAGCGCGCCACCAAGGGGAACCGGAGGAGCGCGAGCGAGCUGGUGGCGGAGCUGAUCAACGAGGGCCUCUACCGCGCCGCGCUGCGCCUGUGCCGUGCCUUCCGCCUGAGCGCGGAGCCCGUGGUGGAGGGCUUGGCCACGGACUGCGCGGGCCUGGGCGCGGGCGACGAGGCCGCCACCUGGGAGUGGCUGGCGCGCAAUGACGUGGCAGACCUGCAGCUGGCGGGGCGCUCGGCGCAGGACGUGGCCUGGAAGCUGCUGCAGCACCUGGUGGACGGCGCGGAGGAGCCGCACGCCAGCCUGCUGCACCGCGCGGCGGCGCGCCGCCUGUGCCGGCUGGCGGCCUUCCUGCCCGAGUGGCUGCUGGCCGGCUGCAAGCGCCGCGACCCGGCGGGGCUGCUGCGCGUGCUGCUGGGCGCGGGCCGGCUCGCCGACGCGGCGCGGCUGGCCGAAGAGCAUGUGUGGGCCGUGCUGGGCCACGGCAGGGAGCGCUUCGGGCUGGAGUCCGCGCUGGUGGCGUCGGGCCCGCAGGCGUGCGUGCCCGCGCACGCCAUAGACCUGCUGCUGCACGAGCUGCGCGACGCCGGCGCGGAGGACGACGCCUACCGGCAGAUGCACAACGCGCUGCAGCAGCUCAUGGCCUACUACCUGGAGACCGCGAUGCGCGUGUCGCGCGACAUGCUCGCGGGGUAGCCAUGCCACGCCCCGUGCGUGUCUGUUUCCGAUUCCGUGAGCACGCGCGAGAACAGCGUGGUUUUGCAGUGAGUAAAUAAAAGUUAAUGCUCGUAGCCACGUAUCAGUAUUUAUUUUAAUUGUGCCGCAUUCGUGCUUCUGCAAGCGCUCCAAAUUUUGAAGAAGAAAAAACUUUUACUACUUGAUUUUGAGUCACUAUCAAGUACUUCAGAAAUAUGAUUUAAAGUAAAGUAAAGCUGUUGCACAUAUGGUUACUUGUGUUAGUGUUGAUAUUGAGAGGAUUUUGUCUUAAAUGUUAACGGACUAGUACAAUUAGCAAUCUGAAAACUGUUUUAUAAGUUUUUUAUUACAGUAGAUAUAACCUUUUUGUGAAAUGCUAAUGCCCAUUGUAUGAAAGUGAGUACAAAUAAUUGUUCAGAUGUUAACUGUAACUAACGAUCUUUUUAAAAAUAAUUUUUUUUUCACAUUAUUAUCCUUUUUUUGUUUUAUUUUUUAAUUUAAAUUUUAACUAAAAAAUAAAACACAUUUGAGUGGGCUUAAUGACAGCUGGUGUUAGAAAAAACACUAUAGCAGCACAUUGUUGGGAUUUUUUAGCGAAUUCACUUUGUGAGAAGAUGCUAAAUGCCUAUGUUUCCAUGGAGAAACAAAAAAUUAUUUUAAAAAAAACCAGUGGUUUGUAGAAAAUUUUGUCUUAUUUUGUUCAAGUUUAAAUUUGGUUAUAAAUUUAUUUAAAAAUUAACUUUUGAUAAAAAGACUUGUAUAAAAAUUUUUUACUGAAAAUUCUUUUUGAUUUUAUUGACGUGACAACGUCUAAUAAAUGGAUGAACGCCGGCUGCACGCACGAAAAAGUAUCCCACUACGGAUGUUCCUGUUCGCUCAUUGUACGCAUGCGUGGCAUCUCUCUUCCACUCGUUUGGAACAACCAUCGAUUUGACUUUUCAAUCAUAUUUUCGUCGUUUGAAUUAUUAAUAUUAUGUAAUUUAACGACCAUCCACCGAUUUUCAGCACAAUCGGUACGGUUAUUUAAAAGUAAUGUUGAAUAUUCAGAUACAUUUUGAACUAACAAUGGUGUUUUACAGUUACACAUAAUAAUUCAAAUUACAACCGGGAUCUUUUGCACAAUGUUUUAAAAAAUAGUGUAACACCUUAUAAAUAAGUUUGGUGUAUUUGGGAUGCGUAUUUGUUAUAAAAUCGUAUUAUAAAAACGAAAUAAUAUUAUUCCCCUACUGUGAACAAAAUUUUUAUAAAGAUAUAUAUAACACCUGAAACAAUCAAUAUGGCCUUGUGGCUGAGUGGUCAGGGGCGCUAUUUUCUAAUCGUAAGGUUGUCGAUUCGAAUCAUGGCAAGUGUGAAAUUUUUUUUUUGAACUUGUAAAAAUAAAUACGGCGCGCACGACACUUCAAAAGUAAUAAAUAUAUUUGAAUUAAUGAAUGCAAGUAAAAGUUAAUUUUUUAAUUAAAUUGUAGAUUUCAUUUCACUCCUUUGUAUCCAUACAAAAUAGUGAUAAAAAUUAUUCAAUUUUAUUCAAUAAAGUAUGCAGAGGUAGAUUUUAUCAUACAAAAGAUAGAAAAAUUAAAAAAAAAAUAAAAUUAAAAAAAAAUUCUUCCUCAAAAAAUAUAUUUUUAAUGCCUAAAUGGUUUGCAAAAACCUAUUACGGCUCAGUCUCAGGCCGAAUAUGAUAUUUCCUUGUUUCUGGAUCAAUCAUUUCAUCAAUGUUUUGUUAUGACGUUGUCACGUUAAACUAUCGUCCCUAAACCGACUUUACAGACAACCGAUUUUUUUAAAUAAACAAACAGCCUGUUGUGUUUUUUGAACAACGGAAGAACUUUCGCCAAAAACUUCCAUAUAACCACAAAUUAUUGGUUGCAAGUUUGUUCCACUACGUAAUCUUACGUCUCUUGCAGACUGCAAUUACGUAGGCACUAUCAUUGUGUUGGAAACAUACUACACCUGUCAUGUCAAGUUAUUUUUUAAUCUUUAUUAUUUAAAGUAUUUUCCAAAAAGACAACUUGAGAUAUUUUGUUUGUGUUACUUGCUUGUGGAACUCAAGAAAUUGAACUUCUGUAGUUAGUAAAUUUUUAAAAAAAAAAUUUAGAGACCAAUAGUCAUUUUACCAGGACAAGUUCUGUUUCACUGGUUGAUUGAUGUUUUUUUUCCAACAUUAACCCACAAACCACAAAGCCUACUUAAAAAUUAAUGUUUCAUUUGGGCUUGGAAAAAACUCAAAUGAAUUGAAAUGUCUAGACAAUGACUUGUCUCAUAUUCUCUGAAAUAAUAAUUGUGAACUAUUGUUAUUUGUCAUAAACUCUUUAUUUUAUAAUGUAUUGUUAAUAAGAUGCACAUAUAGUUUACAAUUCAAUUAAAAAUAUGUUUAUUAGCCAUGGCAAUAUUGUUUCUGCCACAGUUUUUGGGGUUUUAAAAUGAUAAAAGAAUGCAGGUCUUUUUUCUCCAUAGUAUUUAAUUUAACAAAAAUUACAUUAAGUAAACUGAACACAAUGAUUUUUUUUACAGUACAAAUAACAUGUCUGAACAGUUUUUCAGCUAACAAGGUUGCUUGUUUUGUUAACUUUAUUCUAGAGAUCAUCAAAGUUUACGAAUGACAUAAACAUGAUAAAUAUAUGUUACAUGUUUACAAAUUA